AGUCAAGCAAGCUUUCUAGCUCAGAGAGCUAAAAACAUACAAUAUAUGUAUUACUGUACAUGUGUAUGUGUCCAGCACUGCUGUAUGAAUUAAACUGUGGCCCGGCAUAUUAAUUAAGGGCAUCUGUUUUUUUUCUCGUUCCAUUAUGUUGGGCAUACUGAUCAUGCAUGUAGUCUAUGGACAUCCCCUUAUUUACAGCAGCAGUUCCUGAGGACGAAUUCUGGAGUCACGCAUUAGGUAAUGCUGUCAUUCCACCGUAGCUUAUAUUUGGACCAACACCUUUGGGGCAACAUAAUACUGUACUUUCCAAUUCGAAUGUUGUGUACAAUAUCUGUUGUGUAUAUGUGAGCAAUAGGGGCCAACGAUCGUGUCCCGUUUUUCGUUGGAAAUUUUACUCUCAUAAUUUUGUCCCGCGAUAAAUUUUCGGACGAAAAUUUAUCAGGAGUAUUCACCCCAUAUUUUUAACAACUGCUGGAUUCAUAUUAAUAAUUUUCGGCCAAGAGUUGUUGAUAUUUAUAAAACUAAAAUUUUCAUUGGGGAUUCAAUAAUUUCUGCGGUAUCUUCGUCUGCUCAAUAUUCCACAUUUUUCUACGGGAAGCCGCGUUAUUUACCCACCAAACGGCCGACUUCUAUACAGUACAGUAUUCUGAUCAUCACGUGCACUAGCUCGAGCCCCGCCGGUUUGGUAGAAGCUAGUGACACCUUUCGGAUAAGGCUGCAGUCAAUUUAUCCAUCAAUGACGUACAGUAUAUGUUGCAGUCUCUAUGGCCUCCAUGGUUCCAUCUGACCAAUCAUUGAACUCCGCCUCUGCUAAGAGUUGGGGAUUCGCUCUAAGUUGUUGGAUUGGCGUGUGAAUGAUUGGAAUCGAAACUUAAUCAUGCCGAAAAUCGUCUCUCGAAGUAUUGUUUGUUCUGACUCCAAGGAUAAGGAAGAAUAUAAAGAUGAUCAGCCCUUGAAGGUGUACUAUUGUCUUUGUGGACAGAUGUGCUUGAUCAUUGAUUGUCUCUUGGAAAAGCUGCCUCUGAGGAAACGAGAUGGGGCGCGAGUUAUCGAUGGUGCGAAGCGAGCCCAUAAAAUAACGUGCGAGGAUGCGGAACCCGUUUUUAUCAAAAGAGCAGAUGGAGCUGAAAAGCAGUUCCGGAAAAAGUGCAAGAGAUGUGGUCUCCUCCUAUUCUACCAACAUUCACCCGGAAGUAACGUGCUUUUCAUCGUGCGUGGCGCUCUCACUAUGACGUGCAGUGGUGGCAGUGAGCAAACAAAUUUCUUCGAACAUGUAGCUGCACAAGCAGCAGUUCCGACGGACGGAGCAGAGAAGAUCGUGUUAACCAAGCGUACCAAGAACAUGGGGAAGUUCUCUUCAGUCACGGUUUCUACUGUGGACGAAGAAGAUGAGGAAAUUGAAGCUAGAGAAAUAGCGGACUCCUAUGCAGCCAACGCAAAAAUAAUUGAGAAGCAACUGCUUCGCAAAGGAAUGAACAAGCGUAAACUGAUGGGAGAAGCCGAGGUUCAAACUGUCCACGACAGAGAAAAAUACGACGUUUUCCUCGGAGGUUCUUGCAACCCGACAACUUGGCGACAAGAAAUCGCCAUUCCAUUCAUGGAGGAACGAGACAUUCAUUUCUACAACCCACAGUUACCAUUUUGGCGUCCGGAACUCAUUCAGAUCGAACACGAGGCGAAAAUGAGUGCCUCUCUUCUCUUCUUCGUUGUGGACAACGAAACCCGCGCGGUUGCGUCUAUGAUAGAAUCAACGUACCUCGCAGCAUGUGGUCGAUGUUUGGUACUUGUUGUGAAUCUCUUCAAAAGUGAAGGGCACGUAAUAUACGGUGAGUCCUUGUCGCGGAAGGAACUACACGAUCUGAGCUACUCUCAACACGUAAUGAUGGAUCUGGUGGAGCGAGAAGGAAUCCCGGUUUUCGGCAACAUGGAACGUGCUCUGGAAUGCGCCAGCUUUCUAGUAGCAAAGCAGAAAGAGCAGACUUUACCCGAUUUCGUCGCUGGGAGUUUUGGGCUGUCGAAUCCGAUUCGAAUGGCUCAUGUCACGCUGGGAGACAAAAUGAGGAAAGUCAAAGAAGCUUUCGAUGCUUUGGACAUUUAUAACGUUGGAAAACUGUCGCUUGAAGACAUCGGGAUGGCGUUCAGAAUCCUGACGAAACGCACUCUCACUCCGGAAGAAAUCCGGAACAUCCAAGCCCGCAAUAAAAAGCGUCGUCUUUCCGCAUCUUUCUCGUCACACUACAGCGAUUCUGUCGGUCGAAGCCGAAGAUCCGGAUCUAGCGGGUGCCUCGUUCGUCGUGCACCGACGAACUCCGUGACGAAAGUAACUGCUCGUCCAAUUCUUGCGCACACACGCGCAGAGACAAUCGACUUGUGCCGAGUGUCGAGAACCGACGUCGGUGCUGCACCUUGUCAUUCCUCUUCCAUGACGUGCGUUCCUUCAUGUUCGAAAGUAUCCCCGUUAGCCAUUGCAGCUGUAAAGAAUAUUCAGAAGUCCAAGGCCCGAAGGAGGACUGUUUCAGGGCUCACGAAAGAACCUGAUGAGGGGGACAGUGUCGUUGACGAGGCUUUGCCUGACCAUGGACGGAUAUUAGAAACAACCAGAAACUCCAUUGACGAAGGAGCUGGCAUUGAUUUCGAUGAAUUCUGUCGGAUCGUUGCUGCAUUAAAAGUGCGCGAGGAUCGUCGGAAACGUUUCCCAGUGUCGUUGGUAACUCUGGAUGAAGUCAGUGAACCCAAGACGCUGUCUGAAAUUUCCGACGGGAAAGCUGUUCCUUUUAAAAAUGUGGCUUGGCAAGAAGAGAAUUAUUGGAAUUGGUGGAAGUGUGGUGGGAGACAAGAUGUGUACCUCGGUGGAAUGCACGGAGAUGCAAACUGGAGGGAAGAAAUUGCGAUUCCCAUGCUAAAACGAAAUGCCUUGACCUACUACAGUCCAGCGUAUUCUCCGUGGUCUGAUAGACUAUCUUCGACUGAUAUGGCAGCAAUGGAUACCUCGAGGGUGCUUUUGUUCGUGAUUACGGAUAAAACUAGAAGCCUUGGUUCAAUGAUCAUGGCUGCGUAUUACAUUGGACUUGGGCGUGACGUUAUCUUGUGCAUUCAGCUGUUGCCCAAGGCGGUUUCGGUUCACGGGGAAACCUUGUCCGAGGCCGCCGUGAAAGAUUACAACCGAGGGAGAGUUUAUUUGAAUGACUUGGCGAGGCGUGAAGGCAUCCCGGUUUUUGAAGGCGUCAAGGAAGCAGUGGAGUGUGUGAUCCAGAAGUGCCUCUUGGGCAACGCCAUGAGCGAACCAAAUGUUUAA